CGCUGAUUGUCUUGUGCUGGGAUUCGACUUCUCGUUGAGACGCAAGUAUGGAACAGACUGGCAAUAUGGUGCAUGUAUGCCACGUGUGCAGUGCACCAGGCACGGGGAUGUGCGCCUGCCUUGGCCGCACGUAUUGUUCCAGGAGUUGCCAGAAUACAGACUGGAGCAACUUGUGCCACGCAGACGUCUGCACCUUUCGCCGCGAUGACGAGUUAGAUGCAGAAGCCGAAACGUAUCGCCACCCAUAUACCACGGGCAAGAGCGACGUUCCCCACCACACCGCUAUUGAACCAGGUCACCUAUCUUCUGCGGGUAAACACGAUCGUAUAAUCAGUGCCAGAGAACCAAGCCAGACUGUUCAGACUGUUCACGCACAACCGACGUCUGGGACCGCCUCGGGUGCUAUCAGCGACCAAGCAGGGCCGAUUGCGGGUGCCUCUGGCCGAGGUGCGAACGAGAUAGUGUCACAGAGAGAUACGCCUCGGGCAAUUGUCCGGACCACGGGUGCAACAAAGGCUCAUAAUAGAGGCGAGCCAUACAUUACUGGUCCCAGAAUAAUAUCAGCACAACCCGCGCGUGCUAGAGAUACGGCCCCAAGUACCGGAUUGGUCGAGAAAGCCGUUGUUAAUAAGACUACACUCGUUGCAAGGACUGGGAUGUUCACUGACGAUAGCGCAUCGGUUACUAUGGUAACUGGUGCAGGUAAAGAUGUCGCAGUGUGUGUCGUGUGUGCACGGGCCAGUCGUUGGUUGUGCAAGUGCAGAGCGCGGCGUUUCUGUAGGCGAGCAUGUCAGACCCAGGACUGGAGAGCGGGGCACAGACUGGUGUGUACCAACCGCGCAGGCGUGCAAGGGAUAUGGGGCAAUCACAAGUCCCCAUGCGGAAAGUGCGCUACAAGACAAACUAAUACGCACUCAGCGCAAAACCUCUCCCCAACAGUCGCGCACAGUACAAUUACUCACAAGACAACACCCGCACACACCUCUGGUGCACCGAAAGUAAUCGGAUUUGGACAGCCGGGCGUAGGUAAUCCACGGAAGGUAUUCACAAAUGCGCGACAUACGAAACCGGUACCGACGACAGUAGAUGGGCCGAGAGCUGCAUCACCCCAGGCCCCAGGCCUAUUGUGUUCCGAGCCAGGUUGCCGCAGUACGUUUGCAGAUGAGAAUGGGAGACGUACACACCUCGACGAGUUCCAUAUGAGACUCACAAAUAAGGUUAACACCGAACCCAUAUCUGACAGUGGGGGAACAAAACCGGACAUGUGGGAUACACAACCCGUCAUAGAGCAGGAAUCCGUGGUAACCGGACCGGUGGCGUGUAGUUGCGAGGUGGAUCCGUUGUGCCCUAAGCGGCUGUUGCGGUGUGCUACGGCUGAGUGCCCAAGACCCUCGCACAACAUCUGCUGCCACGGGUUCACCGAGUCGCUCGCCCGCGCUCUGCACCGCGACGGCGCACUGUGGUACUGCAACGACUGCAAGGUGUGCACUGUGUGUGGCACGGGCGGAGAUGAGGGCCAGAUGCUGUUAUGCGACGCCUGCGAUCAAGGCACGCACGCCUUCUGUCUCACACCGCCUCAGCCGCAGUUGCUGGCGUCGGAGGAUCUAUGGUUCUGUGGCGAGUGUGUGCCAUCCGCCAAGCGCCCAGAUGUGGGUGAGAAAUCGCAAGUGCAAGUGCAAGUGCAAGUGGAUGCGGGUGGGAAGCAAACGGCUUAAGGGAAGAGUUGACCCGCUAGCGUUACCGCUACUGGCACGUAUUGUGAGCAAAACAGAACGCAA